AUGCCCUCAUCGAGUGCAAGUGAAGACAGAUUACCAGAAGAUAAUAAGGUCCUUCGAAACCACUCAAAUAGACCAUUAAUAACUGAUUAUUUACUCCAGGAUGGAGCCAGUAAUGUCACUCUUUACAAAAGGGGCCAUUAUUUCAAAGGCGAUUUGCAUUUAACAAAUCACCAUCUUAUAUUCAUUUACCAAGUGAAAACUGCAGACAGAAUCGUGCCUAAAGAACUAUGGCUCUCAUAUCCUAUAAUAGAUAAUGUUGAGCUCAAGUCAGGCUCAUGCUUAUUGGAUGUAAUACAUUUAUCGAACCAGCACCAAGCAACCAAGCAUUUAUUAGAUGAGAAUUCCAAGGAAAGAGCCGGCGGGACUUCGCGACUAGAAACGGUUUCCGAAAAUGAUGCAAUCAAUGUGAUUCAAAAUUUGAGAGAUAUCGCGAAAUUAUACCGCGGAGCAUGUCUCAAGAUAAAGUGCAAAGACUUCCUAAAUAUAACUAUAGAUUUCAACGAAAGUGACAUCAAAGUCGCCAAGGAUGUAUUCGAGACCAUAAAGAAAUUGACCUGCGUUACUGAUAUUAGACAUUUAUACGCAUUUUUAUACGAGCCAAUACCCAUUGAAGCCAAAUUCAAUUCCUGGAACAUCUACAAUAUCGAACGGGAAUUUGAACGGCAAGGUCUUAACUUCAAGAGCUUACAGAAAGAUGAUAAUACAAUACAAUAUCCCGGCCAGAAUAGCUGGAGGAUAUCCACCAUUAAUGAAAGCUACCAAUUUUGUGAAACUUAUUCGAAAGAUAUAAUCGUUCCAAAAAGUAUUUCUGAUAGCGUGUUGAAAUACGCUGCGAAAUUUAGAUCGAAAAAUAGAAUUCCAAGUUUGACGUAUUAUUUUAAAAAGAAUGGGUGUACCCUUACAAGAUCAUCUCAACCAUUAACUGGAUUGAGUCAAUCGAGGUCCAUUCAAGAUGAAAAAUUGAUAUAUGAGAUCUUCAUGUCAAAUCGCUACAGCCUGGAUACUUCCUCACCUUCUUCAUCAUCGUCACAAUCAUCCACCUCCUCAUCGAGGUCUCAAUUACAAACUCCAACAUCCAAUAUCACUGACUUGGGCAACCAUAAUGAUUUGAUUGUUGAUGCAAGACCAACUGCUAACGCUAUGGCGCAAACUGCGUUGGGAGCAGGGACGGAAAUUAUUGAUAACUACAAAAAUUGCAAAAGAAAAUUUUUGGGGAUUGAUAAUAUCCAUGUGAUGAGAGAUUCUCUAAUGAAAAUAUAUGAGGUGCUCAAGGAUUCGGAUAUCCUUCUUCAAUUACCAAUGUUGAAUUCGUCUACCUUGAGUAAAUCUAACUGGUUAAAGAAUUUGACCAUAAUUUUGAAUGGGGUUGAUUUGGUGGUAAAAUCUUUAUUCUUCAAUAAUAACCAUGUGAUGGUUCAUUGUUCUGAUGGUUGGGACAGAACUACGCAAAUUUGCUCAUUGGCUGAAAUUUGUUUGGAUCCAUACUAUAGAACUCUAGAAGGGUUUAUUGUGUUGAUUGAAAAAGAUUGGUCUAGUUUUGGUCAUCGGUUCAAAGAAAGAUCGGGUCACUUGUCAUCUGAAACCAAGUUUGUGAAUAAUUUAUCAAGUAGUAAUGGUGGUAAUAAUGGCGGUGGCAUCAACGGUUUUAGUACCGACACCUCUGAACUUGGCGAAGCCAGUAGUUCAGGUUUUUUUGAUGAUGGUUUUGGUAUCAGCACUGACUCAAUUUUGAAUUCCGAUACUAUUAACACUGCUUCCAAAUCCUUUAAUAAGUUGACUAAUCACUUCAAAAAGAAGAAGCAUAUCAAAUUCACUUCACCGAUUUUCCAACAAUUCUUGGAUGCAGUUUACCAAUUGUUCAUUCAAUUUCCAGAAAAAUUCGAAUUCAAUGAGAGAUUUCUUAGAAGAUUGGUUUACCAUUUACAUAGUUGCCAAUAUGGUAACUUCUUGGUUGAUAAUGAGCAUGAGAAAUUUAGCCACAAUCUUCAUUUUAAAACUAGAUCAGUUUGGGAUUACUUCCUAUCGAGAAGACAAGAGUUUGCCAACCAAACUUACAAACCCCCAUCUGAUGAUGCAGAUGAUGAUAUUAUACUUCCUAACUCCGAGGCAGUAAGGUGGUGGUAUCAGCUUUAUGGAAGAAGUGAUGAAGAAAUGAAUGGGUUAAGUAUAAAAACAAGUGAUACCAAUGCUGUUGAACUUGAGGAAGCGGAUCGUUUAAAUAAGAAACUUGCCAAUAUUGUUCAUAGAGCCGCUACCGGUGAUAGUAAUAGAAAUGGCACGAAAAACCCCUCAUUUGGGAAAGCCACUAGAGAAACAAAUAUCAAUAUCAUGAAGCACAACAUUAAGAAGAGCUAUAAUGACGAGUUUGACAAUUACAAUAAUGACGAGACAAGUGUCAAAAACGUGCAUGGGGAUAUUGGGAUAGAGAAGUUGAAUAUUGGGUCGUGA